UUGACAUUUGACACCGCAUGCAUGUUGUCAUGCUGUGUGUUGUGCAUGUGCUUAACUGCUUAUGUUGUUAUUGAAAUGUUCCAGGAAAAUCUUCUACAUUCUAGAAUUUUUGUUACGAAUAUUUAAUAUAUGUUGUGUACGUGUCUCAUCAUCCAGUGACAGUAUUACUACCGUAAAGUCAGCAUCUUUCAACGGGCCACUGUCCGUUAAAAUAGUAUUGUAAAACUUUAGUUAUUCACUAUCAAAAUGGGGUCUAAUUCAGAAAAUAACCAGAUAGCUGGUGCCUUGACCUAUCCAGCCUCCAGCAGCAAUGUGCAACCUAUACCUGUGCAACCUCGUCAGCCCAGAAGUUUACAGGGUCUUCUCCGGUUUGCAAUGGAGGCAACAAAAGCGGAAGAUGCUCCGGGUAACUCUGAGCUUGGGCCAAUGGAUGAAGAGAGGCGUAAAUUCUUAGAGGAGGCCCUCAAAAGCCUUACAGUGAAUGUUGCCGAAGUGCUCCAGAGGGCCAUCAAGGUGCUCACUGAUUCGGAGAAGAUAAGGAGCAUUCAGCUCGGGGAGCCCUUGCCGGAAGAUGUUGAGAGUUCCUUCACCAAUCUGUCGGAGUAUAUUGACGAUAUGGAUAUUGCUAAUGACUUCUACAAAAUGGGUGGGUUCGCCAUCUUCCCGAUCUGCUACAGCAGUGAGAACGAGGAGGUCCGGUCUCGCGCCAGCGGCGUCCUAGCGGAACUGUGUCAGAACAAUCCGUACUGUCAAUCCCGCGCGCUGGAGUGCGGGCUGCUCAAUGUUCUACUGCAUCUGGUGCAGUCUGAGAAGGGCCCCGCACUUGCCAAGUGUCUGUAUGCUAUCUCUUGUUCGUGUCGGGAGUUCGAGCCGGCGUGCCGCGAGUUGAUAUCUCAAGACGGCUGCGGAGCCCUGUGCCCGCUGCUGACGGCCGCCGACACGGCCGCCAGGACCAAGGCCGCCUUCUUCAUCAGGUACCUGUGCCACAACUACCAGGAGGCCAAAGAACAAUUCAUUGAAAACAACAUAGUCAAGACAAUAGCGGAGCAAAUCAGGUCAGGUCGUGACACAACAACAGAACACUUGCUGAGUAUUCUCCAGUCCCUGGUCGAAGGCCUAGACCCAACGGCCCUCAAACAAUUCAGGGACCCAUCAAUCAACUUGAAGAAAGUUCUGGAAGACCUCUUGAAGCAUGAAGACCUGGCCGAUGACACAUUUCUGGAGGAGAAAGAGUAUUGUCACGAGUUGUUGAGGGUUUUCGAUAAUUGCCCAGCGGUUGAAAUUAUUGAUGAGGAAGUGGCUGAUAGAUAAGGUUAAUUAUUGCGUUUUUAGGUUAGUUCUUCUAAAAAAUGUGACGUCCCACGGAUGCCUUUCUGUCGUUAUUGCAUAGGUUCGACAAUGACGUGCGUCGAAACUCAAUAGAGCUUAUUUUGUUUAUUUAUUUGAGAUCUGUGUUGGACGUUGACGGACGUCAAAACAACGUAACACGACGGAGCAGUGGGGCCGCGGAUUAUAGGUACCUUUUGGUCGAUUACUUACGUAUAUUUCUGAUAUCUGCUACUCAAAAACUAUCCAGAUCAAAAAUAACAACAAAUAACUACCGUCCAUAAGAUAUCACAAAUAUGUACUGUGAGAAGCACAAACAUUUGUCUGUGCUUCUGAGUAUGUUCUAUUUCUGUGUUUAUGUCAAUGGGACAAGCGAUACAAGCUUAGUGCUUGUGUGGGCCGUUGAGUUGAGUAUAUCGUCUCGUCAUUUAUUUUUAUUUAACCCACGGAACGUCAUAUUUCAAGGACCAUAGACAAUGCAUUUUUUCCUGGCAGGGUCCUUUGGAGAAUAUAACGGCGUUUUGAUAUCGAUUUAUUUUAAACUUAUGAGGUCACAACACAGCGUUUUUGAUAAUUCCAAAUAUUUUUUUAAACUGUUAACUUUAUUUUUUAAUUUUUUUUGAAAGUUUAAAUUUAUGUUCGCGCGUAAAUAAAUUUUGUGAAAAAUUGUUGGUUUGUUUUGAAAGUACAAGGUGUUAAACACUUAUUUAAGCUAUGUAUGAAAAUAUUUCGUUCUCAGAAUUAAAUUAUUAAUAUUUACUAUU